AUGUUCCUCCUGGCCCACGCAGGUCUCACCGCAUGCGCGAUGUGUCAGGUCGGCUUAAAGUUCUGGGAGUUCCCAGGCCGAAACCCGAUGACCUGGACGCCGGUGCUCUUCCUUUUGACUUUGCUGGAACACAUGGACAUGUUCACCGAUGCCCUCUUCGUGGGCACUGCGGCCGCCUGCAGCGACACAAUCGCCGACCAGUUUGAAAAGUCCUGGGCCGCUGUCGGCAGGGGGGGGCUGGGGCCGCUCAUGGCCAAGCUAACCUUCGGCGGCCUCGCCUUCUCCUUCGUGUUGGCCGCCUAUCUGCCACAGCUCGUCUACCUGCCUUCUCCCGCUGUGCCGCUCUUCCUCCCGGCUGCAGGGCUCCUACUCGGGGCUCUCGCCAUUGGCUACUCGAGCUGGGCCGUGGGAGUGGCGAUGGCUUUGCCCUUGACUGUUGCCGCCAUUAACUUCGGUGAGAGGAUGUGGCGAGGCAAUUUCACCCGUCAAUUGGAGGACCGGAAGGAGGGGGCCUUGUGGGUCGGCAUGGUCGUGUUCCAGAACUUUCAUUACAUUGUUGGUGAUGAGGUGCCGAAAAGUGUGCGGCUCGUGGCUUUUGGCCUUGUCCGGCUUCUUUAUGAGAAUUUGCUCCAGCUCUGGCUGCAAAGCAGCUACUUUGCCUUCACCUUCGAGGCCACGGGCGACACGGCCAAGGCAAAGAUCUUGGUCUCCCUCGCGCUGGGCCUGGGAGUCAGUGUCUCCAAGCUGCCGGAGAUGUUCAGUGCAUGGUAUGAUGAGAUGAGGCUCCCUGCAGACUGCCGCAUCACCGUCUACGAGACGCUCCGUCGUUGUGGUGAGCCGCGUCGCGACAACAUUUGCCCGUGCGUCUCCGUGUUGUUGUUCUGUCUUGUAGCGCUUGGCCCGGUGCUUGCAGUCGCCGCGAAGGUUUACUUCGCCUACGCUUGCCCAGACCACGUUUGGAACAUCCUCGGCGGCUGUGUAGUCCUAGACUAA